AUGGGAGCAGCGGGAGCGGACGUGGAGUGCGACCGGAUCAGGGGGCCCUGGAGCCCGGAGGAGGACGAGGCGCUGCGGCGGCUCGUGGAGCGCCACGGCGCGCGCAACUGGACGGCGAUCGGGCGCGGGGUCCCCGGCCGCUCGGGCAAGUCGUGCCGCCUCCGGUGGUGCAACCAGCUCUCGCCGCAGGUGGAGCGCCGCCCCUUCACGCCCGACGAGGACGCCGCCAUCGCCGCCGCGCACGCCAGGAUAGGCAACCGCUGGGCCGCCAUCGCGCGCCUCCUCCACGGACGCACCGACAACGCCGUCAAGAACCACUGGAACUGCUCCCUCAAGCGCAGGCUCGCCGUCGCCGAGGCCGGCGAGGGCGAGCAGGAGCGGCCUUGCAAACGGGCGAGCACCUCGCCGGAGAGCAGCCCGUCGGGAUCGGGGUCCGGGUCGGACCGCAGCGACCUCAGCCAUGGCGGAGUUGGCGUGUUCCACGGGCAGGUGUACCGCCCGGUGGCGCGGACAGGUGGGUUCGAGCCGGCCGACUGCGCCAUGAGCCGGCGGCACGAGGUGGUGGAGGAGCCGGAGGACCCCCUCACGUCGCUCUCCCUCUCCCUCCCCGGCAUGGACGCCGCCGUCCAGAGCGGGUUCCGCCACGACAACUCCCACAGCCACUUCCACCAACCACCUUCUUCCUCCCCGCCGCCAACCGCCGCGCCUGCGAUGUCGACCUACAACUUCAGCCCCGCGUUCGCGGCGGCGAUGCAGGACAUGAUCCGCGACGAGGUGCACAGGUACAUGGCGGGCGUCGGGUGCGGCGUGGACCUGUCGAUGCCGCAGGUGAUGGAGGGCGUGAUGCGCGCGGCGUUACAGCGCGCCGGCGGAGUCGCCAGAAUGCAGUGA